CAGAGGGCCUUUCGCGACGGAGUGGCGGAAGCGGCGUUGCUUUACGGCCGCUCCGCGGAAUGAGCGUCUUCGAUCUCUUCCGCGGUUUCUUCGGCUUCCGCGGGGAGCGGAGGAACCCUGACCCCUUUUGGGGGGCCUUCACCCUGGACGACGAGGACGACGAGGACGAUGACGAUCUGGAUUUCCGGGAAGACCCCUUCUUCCCCGACGGCUUCAGCUUCGGCUUUACCUUCGAGCCGGGCGGCGUUCACUUCCACGACCGGUUCCACUUCGAGGAGCUCUUCCGUGAUUUUAACAGCCUCUUCAGCGACGUAGGGGCCCGGAGUCUGCCUUCCCCAUCUUUCGAAUUCCCGCGCUUGGAAACGCCCUCGCCGCCAGCCGACCGCCCUCUUGAGAAGGGACAGACUCUGCGGGACUCGAUGCUGAAACACCCAGACAGCCAUCGCCGUGGAGCAGAAGAGGGCCCUCCGAUUUCAGAGAGGAGGCCCUGGCCCCCUUUCCGGGGGUUUCAAGAGACCCAGCCGGACGCCGCUGAUUCUGCCAAAGAGGAUGGAGAUCUCGAUUCUCAGGUUACUUCCAAAGGCUUGCAAGUCAUCCUCCCCCCAGCCCAACCCCGGUCCUAUUUCCAAAGCGUCUCGGUCACAAAAGUGGUGGCGCCGGAUGGGACCAUUGAGGAACGCCGGACUGUGCGGGACAGCCAGGGCCACGAGGAGACGGUUGUCACUCGGAGCAGGGGGGAGUCAACUCUGGGGCUUGACGACGGCCAGCAGAGAGGCCCGAGGGAUCCAGACCCCUUCAGCUCCCGGCAGGACGGGGACAUGAGUGACACGGCUUCCAUCCUGGGCACCUUCUUCCGCCGCUGGUUCCCCAACCAAUAAUUCUGCUGGCGGGGAAAUCAGGUUUGUCUCUGCCUCAUCCCUUCGCAGACCCCUUACUGCUCCGUCUUCUAAGAAGGCUUCGUAGCCCCGAAAGAGAACCAAUAAAAAUCUCUAUUUAUGCUUUU